UCAAGUAACAAAUAACAAUCCCUUUAAAUUUCAUUUACUUUCAAGAGAAUAAUUUUACAUUAUCCCAAGAUUUUUAGCAAAAGGGUGCCCUGCAGUUAAGGGAACUACAAGAAUGGAGAACCAGGUUGUAAGAAGAAGAGUGAAUAUCAUUGCAAGCCAUUUUGGUUCCCCUGAAGAUUUAUCUGCCGCUGCUACACAUCUAUUUCCUAUGGGGUGCAGUAAUAGUUUGAACUCUGUAAUCUGGAGGUGUGACAGCAAAAUGUAUUUUGCCAGGCAGACCUCCUCUUCUCAACCAUGUUUCAUGAGGCCGGCUGCAAAUGAACAGGUCUGUCAUACUUAUGGAAAUUAUGCUGAAUCCACACCACGUUCCAAAUCUAGUGGUUCUUUAAACAAGGACCUCUAUGCUUAUGAAGCACCCAUGUUCUCUAGGCCUUCCAUAACGGAACCUAGCAUGCAGAAUGUUGAAGAAUUACAAUGGCUGCAGCAAGCUUGCAACUUUCAUCAACCUGCGCCUGACCCUCCUACUUUUGCCAGGCCAAGCCCAGUAGAUUAUCAUGCAAAAGAAAAAACAGAGGCUUCAAAAGUAAAAGGAUUCGAAUGGAUGCCAAAGAUGGACGUUGCAGAAUCUGGGUGCAAUUAUGUUGUUACAAUAGAACUUCCAGGUGCAAGAGCCAGCAAUAUAAGGGUGGAAGUCAACAACCAAAACUUGAGAGUAACUGGCUAUCGUUCCAUUGACUGGGGGAAGGUGGCAAGCUGUUCUAUUGACUCUACAUCUGCAUACCAUAGGAGGGAGAUUUCACCAGGACCUUAUGAGAUUGUGUGGCCUCUUCCGAAGAAUGUGAACAAGGAAAAUAUAUCAGCAGAACUUGUAGAGGGCCUUUUACUGAUCAACAUCCCAAAACUUUCUGAAGCCCGCAGGCAGCUGAAAAGGGUGUAUAUAUAGGUUCAAUAGCAGUUCCAUACGUACUCAUGUACAAUAUUUAUGAAUACCACAAGCUAUUCCAUUGCAUCAUCUCAUAUAACCGAUACGUGAUUAUGUAAAGUUGUCAAAGAUUUUGGAAUAUUUUUCUGAGCAUUGGCCCUUUGCAAUAAUUACUUCUUUCCCAGAUUUCCAAUUUCAA